AUGCAUUCGGGCGCGCUUGAUUUCAAUUUGGCGCAGAUCGACGCUGCACCACCGAAUGCACCGCUGCAGAGCCUCUUUUGGCCGUUGUUUUGGGCCGCGGCCUCCACAACCUCAACCCAAAACCAUAACCGUACGCAACUCGGGCUCGGGCUCGACUUUGGCUUCCUCCAUAGCUACCUCUGCUCUUUGCUCGCCAUGUCUCUCGGCGCUCGCCCGCCACGGAGCGUGCUCUCGUCGCUCUACUCUGCGCUCGACUACACCGACCACCUACGUCUCACCGAGUGCUCGCUCGGCUACACCACCACCGCCUCACUCACGCCGGACAACCUCGAUGCCAACCGGUACCGCGACAUUCUCGCAUACGACCAUGCGCUGCUCCCCGGUCCCUACCUCAACGCGGCGUUCAUCCCACCCUUCCAUCCCACCAGCUUGAGCUUCAUCGCGUCGCAGGCACCGCUACCCUCCACGUACACGGCGUUCUAUACCCACAUUGUCAAGCACGGCGUGCGCGUGCUGGUGAACCUUACGCCGCUCGUCGAAAAGGGACGCACAAAGGCGCAUCAGUACUGGCCGGACGAGGAUGCAGAUAUGGUGCUCGAGAACGGAUGGAGGUUGACGUGCGAACCGGCAACGAGGAUACAGCUCGAGAACGGUGAGGCGACACUCGAGCGGCGGACGAUCCAGAUCAAGCCCGGCGAAGAGGCGGCCGAGGGGCUGAAUGCCAACGGAUGGGGGAUCACGCAGUUUCACCUUACGUCGUGGCCGGAUCAUGGCGUGUUUCCAACGACGAUGAUGAUGCAGCUCAUGCGCGAGAUCCAGCUGGUGCCCAUGCCCAAGAUCUACCCGCCGCCGCCAAUGUGGAUCCACUGCUCGGCCGGUGUGGGUCGCUCAGGCACCCUUGCAGCUGCACUCAUCGCCCAGGCCGUCAUCAACGUCUCCAAACACUCCAACCACGAAGAUCGGGAGGCAUUACCACUCUUCAUGCGAGCCGAAUCCGACUCGCAUGUCUGGGACCUGCCCGUGCGCAUCGUGGAGCAUCUGCGCCGAUACCGAGCACGCAUGGUUCAAACGCUCGACCAGUUCGAAGCGCUGUUCGAUAUAGUCCACCAUCUCUCCUCACUCCCCUAA